UAGUUAUGUUGUUAUGUUAUCAUCUGAUGGAUCAUUCUUUUUAUUCACAUCUUUUAUUCUUUAUUCAGAUUGAUGAGAUGCAGUUUGUCAGAGAUCAGCUGUUCUUCUCUGGCCUCAGCUCUGAAGUCCAACCCCUCCCAUCUGAGAGAGCUGAACCUGGGUGACAACAAGCUGCAGUAUUCAGGAGUGAAGCUGCUGUGUGAGGGACUGCAGAGUCCAAACUGUAGACUGGAGACUCUGAAAUUGAUGAGAUGCAGUUUGUCAGAGAUCAGCUGUUCUUCUCUGGCCUCAGCUCUGAAGUCCAACCCCUCCCAUCUGAGAGAGCUGAACCUGGGUGACAACAAGCUGCAGUAUUCAGGAGUGAAGCUGCUGAGUGACCUUCAGAAGAAUCCAGACUACAGUCUGGAGACUCUGAUCUUGGAGUGGGUCUUUAAAGAGAGGAUCCUGCCGAUCACAGAGCUGGAAGCAGCAGCUGGUGUGUUGGUGAGUCUUUAACUGGGCUGUGUUACUGGGAGACUGACAGACCAAUCACAGCGCAGGUGACUCUCAGUGCUGCAGUCUGAGUUGCUCUGAGAUCAGCUCCACUGUCACACACAGGACCAUGACCUCGGACAUUUUUCUAUUCUCAUAACGGAAUUUAAACUGCUUCAUGACUCAACGACCGAAGAUGAACUCUUUGAUUUGGAUAUAAAUGUUUCUGUUGCAGCGCCACCCUGUGGACAG